GAGACUAGUGCCGCCCUCACCGGCACUGCCCUGCUGCAGCCCAACGGCUCUGAUUCUCGCAUCGUCAAGUCAAAGGAACUUGCGGCAAAGUCCAAAUCAACCCGCGAUCAGUUAAAAAUACCUGAAAAUACGGGUAGAAGAAAAAUUAGCCAACAGCCAAGCAUCGAAGAAGACGCCAUGUUUAUCAGAAAAACCAUAGAAGAAAUAGAAAGAGGAAGCUCUACCCGGUUUAAAGAUGAUGUAAUGGCUUCUGAAACUGAGGUUAGAGAUUCGCCUUCGACAAGCAUAUGUACUACUGUAAGAACAAAACAUGAUGACAACGCGAAAGAUAUCAAAACCGUUAAGGACUGUAAUGAAGAACAAAAAGAUGAAUUUAAACGCAGAGAUGUAGAUAAAAGUAAUGGAAAGAAAAAAACUAAAUCCAGAGCAAGAUUAGAAAGAGAGCAGUCGAAGCCAUCUGAAAGUGACUCGGAGCCUGACGUUGAUACAGUCACUGUGGAAAUCCCUAGAAGACGUAAAAGACCAAGAAGACCGUCGGAGAGACCGCGUAGUCCACCGACAUCGCUGCAUUCAGAUUCGGAAGGAGAGGUGUUUGUUUUGAAAUUGAAGGCUCCGGAACGCAGAGAGAAUUCGCCUGAAGUAAUAGUAAAGACAACUCGGAAAAUAUUCUCGCCCGUAGUACGAAGUGGAGAGUCCGUUCCAAGGGCUGUUAUUCCAGUGGACGUUGAAGACUUGGCCGGAGUACGACCGACCAUGGACAGGACUACCCAUCGACUACAUGAUAUCAAGAAGAAACAUGAAACAGAAAAGCGCAAGAAACCAGAACUUAACGUAAGAUCCAAGAGUUCAGGUGACCUUCAAGAAGGUGAGGAUCACAGACCAAGGACACGACCACCUCUCCCCUCAUCUCCAUCCUCACAGAAAAAACAACUCCCCAAAGAAACAGCACCGUCCAUUCGAAUUAUGAUCCAACGAUACAACAAGAAAAUAAAUGAAGAAGGUAAUGUGUCAGGGGGCAGCAGCGGAGCGUCCUCCCCUCCCUGGCGCUCCCCCAGCGUAGAGCGCCGGCGACCUCCUGACAUGCCUGUCGGCAUUAAUAUAAGAAAUAACCCAUUCCUUGAAAGGGAGGUAAAAAAGUCAGCGAGUGCCUGUCAGCUGUCUCGGCGCAAACAGACGUCGGCAGAGAAGCGGCUGACGCCCACAGCGUGCAGUCUAGAGGGCGUACUGAAAUCGCACAGCGCCAACGCACUGCUGCCCGAACAGGAGAAUGAGUCUCCUACGGAGGACAAGAAUGAUGGCAGCCAACAUACGAUCAGAUGCGCCGCCGCCAGCACCGAUACGGUCGUCCCCGUCACCACUAAACCACCGGACACUCCACCCACACCCGAUACGCAUCCCGUACUCAGACAACUGUCGGACACAUUAGUGCCGAGCUUGUCAAGGUUCGUGGAUAAAACUGGCUUCUUUGAGAGAUCCCUGUCGUCGGUGGAGCCCCAUGGCUCCGGGGAUAGCGGUGCGGCGGUGGCUGGACUUUCGGAGCGGGCAGCUAGGAUUCGCGCCGCGAGGGAGAGGUUUCUGGCCUCACCACCACCUAUGAGGAAGGAGGGCACCAGCUCCGCCAGCGAUUUGAGGCCAGGAGAUCGAACCAGCCGCAUCAGCUGUGAGAGCGAGACAACGGAGGCGCAGAGCUCUGGAUCGCAGGAGCAAGCGCUAGGACGGAGCGCCUCCACCGGCAUGGUCAACGUGGAGCGUGUCGCUUGGCAGAGAGUCGCCGAAGGUACGGGACGGGAACGCGGGGGCUCGCGGUUUAGCCUGGCGCGGCUUGCUGCGCGACUAAGACGUGGGGAGACGGGCGGGGGCGGAGGCGGCGGCACGGGGCAAGGCGCGGGGGCCGUGGCGCGCCUAUGCCGGCAGAGUCUGCUAGUACAGCUUCGUAACAAGCACUGA